UCGUUACAAGAGACUUGCGAGUCAGAUCAGAAAAAUCUCCCGUGAAACCCUUGAAAUCCAUAGAGAACCAGAAAGAGGAAAGAGAGAAACAGACAGAGAAAUCGAAAGAGAAUGGCGUGGCGUUCAGCAGGAUCUCUAUCAAGGUCAUUACUAUCAACAGCAAGAGCUUCAUCAGUUCGAUCUUCACCAACACUUCCUCGAGUUCGUCCAUCACCAUCACCAUCACCAUUCACAUCUUCCCCUCGCAGUCGCACCUUCUCCUUCACUAAUCCAAGGACAAUGGGUGAACUUGGUUGCACACAAUCAUUACUACCACUUCACAACAUGGUUGCAGCAUCUCGACUUACAUCACAUCUGUCGUUGAACGCUCGAGCUUUCACCGAGCUCUCUCAGGGUACAUGAAUGUGGAUCAUUUUGUUGUCACAGCAGUGCAAAUGAUAUGAGGGUUUAGAGAUGGAUGUAUGGAUCUUCUGCAGACAGUUUGAUUCAUUGGAGUACCAUGGAACCAGUAACAUAAGCAACAAGAGUACUGUGUUAUUUUUUUUUUCCAUUCGUUGAGAAAACCUUUUGAACUACUCGGUUUUUUUUAGAGACUUCCUCUUUUGAUAUUUGAUCAACUGUAGGUUUGAAACUCUUAAUGCUUUAGACUUCAAGCAUUUUAGUUUAUUGCAAGUUAAAUCUUCAGAUAUAUUCGUUCCCGUCAAAACUCUUCUAUUUAGUGUUUCAACUUUCAACUAAGAACACAUGAAAGUGAUGCCCAUUGUUAUGUGCACCAGUUAAAUAAACAUGUGUGAAUAUUUUGUUGUA